GUCCCUGCUCUCUGUGCCCCCUACCUUCCUCGCUUCCUUUUGACCCGGGUUCGGUCCCCUUUGGACCACCGGGGUCAGCACCCGGCACUGGCCGCUGGGCUCCCGCACCAAACCUGAGCUCAUCAUGGUGGCAUCAUUCCCGCUUCACAGGUGGGAACACUGAGGCCGGGGCGGGUGCUGAGGAUGCACGUGGGGCCCGAGGCUGGGGUCUGUCUGGGUCAUCUUGUCACACUGGGUCCAACUCCCAGGAUUUAUAGGCCUCGGAAGUCCCCACUUAGGCAGGGCAGCCUGCGCGGGCUUCUUUCACUUUCCCAAAUCUGGCAAAGGCCUCCCGAGAACGUUGCUGGGCGCCGAGGCUCUGCUGGGGAAACUGCGGAGGCCACCAGGGGGGAGGGGUGGCAUUCCUUCGUCCUGUUGACAUGGGGUGGGGACGUCUGGGACUGUUUACUGGUCCCAGGCUGCAGACACUGGAUGAGUGCGCGCUGUCAGCGAGAGUCGGGGCGAACUUGAGUCCAGGUGAAAACUCAAUUCGACUCCACAGUUUGCAGAGCUACAGAGAGACCAGGAAGCGACAGCCACACUGGGGGCCACAGGAGGGCCCUCAGUAGUGUCCAUGGCCAGCCAGGACCCGACGCUGAGCACGAAUCACCCAUUCUAUGACGUGGCCAGACACGGCAUUCUGCAGGUGGCAGGGGAUGACCGCCAGGGGAGACGCAUCUUCACAUUCAGCUGCUGCCGGCUGCCACCCCUGCACCAGCUCAACCACCAGCGUCUGCUGGAGUAUCUGAAGUACACGCUGGACCAGCAUGUGGAGAAUGACUAUACCAUCGUCUACUUUCACUACGGCCUCAGCAGCCAGAACAAACCGUCACUGGGCUGGCUCCAGAAUGCUUACAAGGAGUUUGACCGGAAGUAUAAGAAGAACCUGAAGGCGCUCUAUGUUGUUCACCCCACCAGCUUCAUCAAAGCACUGUGGAGUAUCUUCAAGCCUCUCAUCAGUCACAAGUUUGGGAAAAAAGUCACCUACUGCAGCAGCCUGCGUGAGCUCCAGGAACACCUUCAGUGCGACCAGCUGCUCAUCCCCCCAGAAGUAGUACGGUAUGACGAGAAGCUGCAAAACCUUCACAAAGGCCAGCUGCCCCCUCCCACCAAGACCCCGCCACCUCGACCACCUCUACCCACCCAGCAGUUUGGCGUCAGCCUGCAAUACCUCAAAGACAAAAACCAAGGUGAACUCAUUCCCCCUGUGCUGAGGUGGACAGUGACGUACCUGAGGGAGAAAGGGCUACACACGGAGGGCCUGUUCCGGAGAUCGGCCAGCGCCCAGAUAGUCCACCAGGUGCAGCGGCUGUAUGACCAAGGGAAGCCGGUGAACUUUGAUGACUACGGAGACAUGCAUGUCCCAGCCGUGAUCCUGAAGACCUUUCUGCGUGAGCUGCCCCAGCCGCUGCUGACCUUCCAAGCCUAUGAGCAGAUUCUCGGGAUCACCAGUGUGGAGAGCAGCCUGCGUGUGACCCACUGCCGCCUGAUCCUGCGGAGCCUCCCGGAGCACAACUACACCGUCCUCCGCUACCUCAUGGGCUUCCUGCAUGAGGUGUCUCUGGAGAGCAUUUCAAACAAGAUGACCAGCUCAAACCUGGCAUGUGUGUUCGGGCUGAACUUGAUCUGGCCGUCUCAGGGGGUGGCUUCCCUGAGCGCCCUGGUGCCUCUGAACCUGUUCACGGAGCUGCUGAUUGAGUACUAUGACAAAGUGUUCAGCACCCAAGAGGCCCUCGGGGAGCACAGGCAGAACACUGUGGAAAUGGAACAGGCUGGCCCUGUCACCAAAGGAUUCACGAAGACAGGCACUCCUCAGGCCUCACCAUACUUACCGCGCUUCCGCAUCCCCUGACUAGCUGGAGAUACCUCAAGAUGGAGGUGCCCCCUUGCAAUCUAUGUAUCUGUGGCCCCGUUUGUCUUAUAAACUUAUGGUCUGUAAGAAGACACAGGAAUUAAAUGAACCCAGAACUUUUUAGUGGGAAUCUUGUGCUUCUGAUUGUCGGGUCCAUCACCGUUCUGGGCUGUGGCUGAAAUGAAACACAAGUGUGAGGGUGACUGUCUUGAACCAUAACCUAAUGUGACUUAAGGGAAGUGCGAAUUUGUGAGCAAGGGGCCUGGAGCAGGGCCUAUGUGACAGGCCAUCUGACCUAGUGACUCACACAGCUGUAGGCUGGCCACAAUCCAUGGUUACCUGACAGUUCAAGGGUCCUUGGGGGACCAUAACAUGCCCUGGGUGGGCUGGCUAUCAUCCAGGGAGACUUAGCUGUCUGGCCAAUUACUCCUGUCCUCCAGCAGGUGGCAUGGGGCACAUGUUGCCUUGGGCAGAGGCGCUGUUCAAGGUUAGUAUGGUCUUCAAGAUCAUGGAGAGCAAUGCUCAGGUCCCUGUGGAGAAGGACUGGUCCCUGUGGAGAAAGGUGUCCGCAGCCAAGCCCGUGGGCCACAGUGGAAAGAGGAACAUGGUAGGCACUCGGCACAGGAGUGGAACUGAUGUUGGGCAGCCAACCUGCCAGAGGGUUCCAGAUCUGUGGCCUCAGACAGAUUGUUCCCUCAGGGCUGUAGAAUGGACCCUGUA